GAGAAAUGGCUGCCUCGAGAUGUGGUUCUUCAAGAGAUUUCCUUCGAAUUUCAAUUAGGAUUCGCCGCCAUUCCUCCGCUUUGAGUGGAACAGCAAGUAAGUGUAUUUUUAUUUGUAUUUAUGUGUGAGCGUCUGAUGGAACGAACAAGAUCUGGAUUAAAUCUUGCGCUUGGUAAUUUGAUUUUCAUAUCAAAUGCUGUUAGAAUAUUUUUACAAAUUCAAUUUCUUUGCCUUAGCAGGCCUCUCACAACAAAUACGAAAAGUUCAAGGGUCAGUCGGGUUUAUUAAAAUAAAAUUGAAAUUCACACGCAGAGAGUGACUAGCAUCUAAUUUCUCCUCACAUUAUACCACUGAGUGAAGCACUCUUUAUUCAUAUUAAGAAUAAAGGAAACAAUCACAGAAUAAAAAAUCUCAUGAUUGUUAAACAAAUUCUCUUGUCAGUACUAAGGAGAAUGUAUGGAGAACAGUAUGGAGAAUAUACAUACUGAUAUAAGGAUGUCAAGGAUUAAAAAGAAAUCCUAGAGUUCUUGGACAAACUCAGGUAUAUGUCAUCUUUGUAACACUGACUGAUAUGUUCCUUGUGAUCAAGAGUCGUGUGCAAUUGUUUGUUUUGUGGCCUCUCAGGAUAUCUUCUUGUGGAGCAGACACCUUUUUGGGCACUCACUUACUUAUAAGGAAAAGCUCAACUUAGUAAUUUUACACUUCAGGAUCAUGUAAAAGUGGCCAAAUUAUCAACAAGGUUUUUUUCAAUACCUGUAGCACAUACCUGUAUAGAAUUAAAAAAAUUGUAGUAGAUUCCAAAAAAUGUUGAGAUGUAAAAAUCUUGCUUUCAUGCUAUUUUUUAUUUUCAGAUGACUUUCUUGGUGUACCAAACCCAAAUGUUAAUAACCAAGAGGCAGGCCCUUUGAAAAAAUAUGAUGAAACAGUCAGAAGUGGAAAGUUAACGCUUGAUAGACAUCAGAGGCAAAUUGUUGAGCAUCUACAAAGAUUGUACAAUGAUGUAGUUAGUUAUAAGCUGACUAGCGGUGGAUUUUUUAGUAAGGUAUGUUAUUUCAAAUUGAAUGAAAUCUUCUCCAUUCUCACAAACUUUUUAUGAAAUUUCAUAUCAAAGUUUUAGUGCAUACCUUUUUUGUAAAAUAAAGUCCAAGGUAUUUACUGGGAAGGACAGCUUGUUUUUUUCAAAUUAUAGAGCAUUGAUAUUUUAAAUUUCCUAUUAUCCUUAAUUUAAAUGUUUUCUGUUUUGAGCUUAGUUAGGCAAUUGAGACUCUUACUUUAUUUGACAGGUUUUUGGGCUGCAGAGUAAUAAAGAAACUCCUGUGGGUCUUUAUCUUCAUGGCAGUGUAGGUAAGAAGUGGUCACUAAGUACCUGAUUCAGCUGGGGCUGGACAGCGCUUGGUUUUAUGAUAUAGUUUAAAACAAAUCUGUUAUAAUUACUAUAAUUAGAUUAAAGUUACUGUUUGUAUAUUUUUGUAUCUUUUCAACCAUAGUGCAACUUUUAUUUGACUAUCAAAAGCAAUUGAGGAUUGCUUUGGGUUAGGGUUAUUUUUUUAGUUUUGUACACAUUGAGAUUGGUUUUGAAAAGUCUAACCCUUUUCUCUACUGAUAACAUGCAAUACUAAAACCAGUUUCGAUGUUUCACUCGUGCAUUUCCAAGCUUGAGGUCAUGAAGACAUGCAUUAUGGUUGACAUGACAUAAAGCUCUCAAAAGCUCCUGAUGACAUUUAUCUUUAAUGGUUUUUAUUCAUUACUUUUGAUUGGUUUGACCCUUUAACUCCCAAGAUCUGAUUGUUAAUUCUCCCCUCCAGCUGCUACACAUUUCCUUGUAAAUUAGUUAUGAGAACUUGAUGCUAGAUCAAGAUAGCAGCUUCUACCUGAUAAGUUUAAUAUUCUCAUUACCUGUUUGCUGAAUAAUGUAUAGAUAUAAUAGGGAGAAUUUUCAUGUCAAUCACUUCUGGGCGUUAAAGGGUUAAUGUACUUUUUAGUUUAUUAGGUGUUCUGUGUCCAAUAAUCGGAAGUUGUUGUUUUGGGAGAUGUUUCUGAGUAUAUCUUGCAUUGAUCAUGACUCUUUUAAAACAAUGUAUUUUUUUAAGGCUGUGGCAAGACAAUGUUAAUGGAUUUAUUUUAUGAUGAAGUUCCUGUUGAAAAGAAACAAAGAGUUCAUUUUCACUCAUUCAUGUUGGAUGUCCACUCAAGUAUGUAUUUAUCUUUGCCCUGUGUUAGUAUUAUUAUAGACAGCAUGUUUCAAUCAAGCCUCUAUUACCCACCCUCUUUUUACAGCUUUUGCCAUCUUCUUAAAAUGUUAUUGAAGCCCUUGCUUACGUUCAUUAUAUUGAUGACGGUACAGAUUGUUUCUUACAGAUAUGUAAAAUUUCCUUUUUCGGCUCUUACUUGGUGUAGAAGACACAGUAUAUGUCACACUAUUGUUUUCAUUGUUUUCUUAUUUCUGGUUAUGAUGAAAUUCCAUGGUGAUGUACUCUGUGUCCUCUACACCAAGUAAGAGCUGUAUUUUGCAGACUGACCAUACAUACUUUGUCUGCUUUAUGUAGGUAUUCACAAAUUAAAAGCUAGUCUUCCUCCAAGAGACCCCAAGUCCAUACGAGCACAGCCCUAUGAUCCUAUCCCACCUGUUGCAGAGCAGAUCAGUUUGAAGUGGUGGCUUUUGUGUUUUGAUGAAUUUCAGGUGACACUUCUUAUUUUAUAGCUAUGUUUAUUGAUACCUUUCUUUCUUGCACAGGCUAUUUUAACCCUUUAACUCCCAUGAGUUAGAGAUCAUGUAUUUUUGACAAAUUUAAACAAACUUUCUUCUUGUUCACAGGUGACAGACAUUGCAGAUGCAAUGAUUUUAAAAAGACUAUUCACAGCUCUGUUUGAACAAGGAGUUGUUGUGAUUGCAACAUCCAAUAGACAUCCAGAUGGUAUGCACCAGAAUGUACUUAUGUAUUCAGUCAGUGUUUCAGAAAGAAAAAUGUGUUUCUUUUAAACUUAUUUUCUCUAAAAUUAAAAAAAAAAAAAUUGCCAGUAGAUAUGAACCCAUAGCCUAUUGCAAACUAGCACAUAGUCAAGGGAAAUGAUGUCAGUGAUGAAUAUUCACUUCUCUCCUUUUCACUCUCAUUGGUUAGACUUGUAUAAAAAUGGCCUUCAAAGAAGCAACUUCAUUCCUUUUAUACCUAUUCUCAAGGUGAGGAACUGGUCAUCUGAACAUUUGAAUCUAUUGCAGCUAUAUUAAUCAAAAGGACUGGAAUCUUCAAGCUUUACCUUUAGAUUUGAAAUAACUGGUUUACUGAGGCUGUAGAUGAUUUCCUAUAUAUAAUAGUAGAUUUGGAAAAUUUUCCUAUGAUGAUAAUGUUAUUUUUGAAGGAAAUCUUGAACAAAUCUUUUGGAAUUUCAUCUUUCCUUCCUAUCCCUAAAGACCUUCUGCCCCCCUCCCCCAUAUAGCCCAUGGCAAUUUUGAAUACAGAGUAGUCUCCAGGCCUCCUUUGUUUGACAUCAGGAUUCAUGCACUUUUAAGUUAAACAAUCUUUGCAUCAAUCAGAUUUUAAAGAGAUUUACAUAGAUAAUUCUGUGAGUAUGUAUGCAUUUCUUUUUGUUCAAUAAAAGGAUAGUUGACCCCUAAUUGACUUUUUCCCUUUUUUUUUCUUUGCUAUAGAAAAAUUGCAAAGUUCUUUGUCUUGACUCUGGUAUAGAUUAUCGCAGAACAGGUGUGUGUGCUUUAAUACUCUCUUGGAGAGUGUUUUUUUUUUUAAUAAAAAUUCCUGUUUACAUGCCUCUAAGGUAAGCUAAUAUUCUAUAAUACUUUAAUGUUGAAGAGGUUAACAGGACUCUUACUGGAGCAAUAGAUGUUAUACACUAAAUGUAUGUUCCCAAGGGAAACAGUUAAAUUUGUUUUCCAGAGAGUCCUGAUGUUUCCCUAGACAAAGUCUAGGGAAACAUCAGGACUUGAGGGAAAACAAAACUAAAUAGUUUCCCUUGGACCACACAUUUAGUUCUUUAUUGUAUAUUUAGACUUUCCCUUAAACGAUCAUAAGGUAAAAACAUGCUAUAAUUGUAAUCGGUGUGCAGGCAACAACUACACAAUUGUAUCCCAGUAGGGAUACAAUUGAAUUUGAUCAGGGGCAUGUGACCAAGAAUCAACCAAUCUCAGUGCUCGUUUUGUUGAGUGAAAGUCUAGGUAUAUAGCAAAAUAAUUUGUAUCAAAUACAGAUUACUUUGAUUACUGGUGGUGAUGUAGAAAGUGCGUGCUAUAACAUUUUUGCUCAGUCACGGUGGUGGGCUGAGGUCUAUGGACUACUUGGUUUUAACAGACUUUUCAUCCUUUUUUAUGUUCAGACAUGUCCAUUAUUGGAAAGGUAUUUUUCAGGUUGGUAGAUAACUUUUGCUACUUAUUAACUGCAUCAGGUUUCUCCAAAUUUGUCCCUCCAGUCCUUUGGUCAUCAAGGACUGGAAUGUUUUUUUUUUUCUUUAGGAAGUAAGGUCGGUGGGUUGUUUGAUAUCGACGUAAUGAUUUAUUUUUAGUGAUUAACUUUUUUAUUUUUUUAUUAAUUCACUUUCGCUAGUUCUCUUGGAAAAGAGACAACCAAUGAACUGGACUGGAUAUUCGCUAAUUUAGCUCAGCAACAGAGAAACGGUACGUUACCUUAACACAUGGAACCCCUCUGAUUCAUAGAGUUAUGCGCAAGAAAAUUAUUGUAGACAUGUUAAGACGGCUAAGUUUUGUUCGCUAAUUGUGAUUACUCAAUGGCGUGUGCUAGGUUCUCGUUUAACGGUGAUGGUCUAGGAAGGAAGCAUAGCGGAGGAUUGCUUAGUAUUGCCAAUAUCUCCGCGGUAUUUCACUCUCGUGCCUUUCUGUAAAGUCUUCAUUUACUUGAUUAGCUGCUCUUUAUGUCAGUAAGCAGGCACUAGUACGUUGAAGGAUGCUAAUAGUAAGCCUGAACGUAAGAUUUACGGGAUAAACUUUUGCAUUUGCUUCCCUUGAUAAGCGUGCUUUUCGAUUGAGUUUCGUGAAACCAAGACCAAAGUAAUAACAACGGCCAAUCAGAGGAGAGGAAAAUAUCUUAAGGACCAAUGAAAGCUCCAAAUAAAAACAACCAAGCUGCCUAAAGCGCGGGAACACGUGGGCGACUGAGUCAUGAUUGGCUUUAGUUUUGCUUUUGAUUGGUUGAGAGAGGAGCGCAAGUUCUCUAGACCAAUCACAGAGCGAAGUAAAGCAAAACCAAUGUGAUCCCGUAUAACUUUCGGCAUUCAAUUGAAAAUUGCUUUGUAAUUACGUUUUACUUCCACUCUCUAACGCAAAGUAUGCGUUAUUCCGAUACAGAAAAUGCUGAAUGCAGCCCUGGUCCUACAACAAUUCAAGUGCUUGGUACAAGGAAGUUGAACGCCCCACGCACUUGUGGAAGAGUCGCAGACUUUACAUUUGAGGAACUUUGUGCGCAGGUAUUGAAAAUAAAACGUAUUUUGAAGGGGAAAUCCUUUGCUCAUAAUGGUUCUUGCUGUGAUAUGAGGUUUUACCGCUAAAGAUAGCUUGCCUUUUGUUCAAGACGUCGGAAAAAUUUUACGUUUAAAGAGCGACGUAAGUGUAUUUGGUUGCUUUUUUUAGACCGUUAAAAAUUUUCGUCAUCCGAAUCCGAAAAAAAUACGACUAAUAUUUAAAAUUAGGUGGACAACUUCCUAUGUUUCUUAAUUUCAAGCCUACCAAAGGAAACUAGGCCAAAAGGAAAGGAGACGCUUUGAAUCGAUUUUAAAGUGCAUCGAACUAUUUGACACCUAAGAAGUGACAAGCAGCUUAUUUCUCCUUACAAUAUCACCCCUGAAUAAAACAUGAAGGUCACGAGAAUAAAGGAAAUGAUCAUCAACUAAAGAAGCUCUUGAUUGUUAAACAAAUUCUCCUUGUCAGCACUUUAGGAAAUAGAGAGAACAGUGUGGAGAAAUUGUAUACUGAUGUUAGAGUGUAAAGGGUUUAUGCUAUUUCAUUCGAUGAAUUGUGUCCAGUUUCGAUCAGUAAUGCAUGGGUGGAUUUUAAGAUGACAUUUAACUGUUUUUUCUUUUGUUUUUGUUGUAGCCUUUGGGAGCUGCGGAUUAUUUAGCCCUGUGUGAACACUUUGAUAUUAUUAUUUUGCGCAACAUUCCCAAAAUGACAGUUUCUCAAAAAACUGAGGCAAGGAGGUUUAUCACGCUCAUUGAUGCUCUUUAUGAUAACAGGGUAAGAAAAGAAAAACAAAUCUUCCGGAAACCAAAAAACGAGCUUGUCCUUUUGACGUUAAGUUUGUUUCUUUCCCCCCCCCCCCAGGUUCGUCUUAUAUGCUCAGCGGCUACCCCAAUCGGUCAGCUCUUUAACGCAACUCCACUGACCACAAAUGACGACGAGUUUAAACGAAAGCUGAUGGACGACCUCGACUUAUCAGCUGUAAGGUUUUUGUUUGUUUUUCUGUAUGCCGUGUAAACUACCGUGGAGAUUUCAUUUUUAAGUAAUGGGCUGUGCGUUACUCUAUGCAAAGGAGUCGCUCGUUAAGGUUCCACAUUAUUUCAUUUAUUUAUAUUUAUAUUUGUAUUUAGUUGAACUAAUUAUGAUGAAUUUAUAAAGCUUUUUACAACACUUUGCGGAGGACUUUGUUUAGGCUGCAUUGGGCAGAUUACAGUUGCGAUUAGACUGGUGUUUUUUUUGGCAAAAUUAGGAAGAGACGUGGUCAACCACGCUUAAGGAUUAUUUUUACGUUUUGAAACACUUCUCUGCAUCACACUGAACUUGCUUUCGUCGAAAUUGUACGUCUGCAAGACAUGGAUGAAGAUCACACUAACUGUUCGUGUAUGUAAGUGUUUCCUGCCGUUGUAUUUUGCAGUCCGACGCAAACUCAAGCGCCAUCUUUACGGCCGAGGAAGAAAUCUUUGCGUUUGAACGCACCAUUUCCAGACUCACUGAGAUGCAGACCGAGCAGUACUGGAACUGGCAAGGUUUUCGUAAAUCGUGGGACGUGUUUAGUAGUUGACAUCACGGAUUUUCUUAGCUUAGCUUAAUGUAGCCACGUCACGGUUUUUCUUUCCGUUUUAAUCUUUCCCAUCGUUGAUCAUCUUUGUUUAUUAAUGGUUGAAUAUUACCUUAAAUUGUUUCCCUACCCUAACGAAUCAGAAUAUCGUGACCUACCCCCUUUGAUGUUCCAGUCCCUGCCUCUAUUCCCUCGAGUCACGCAACGCUCUUGUUUUCUCUAGCUUGCUGUGUGACAUGACCGAACAAUGAUUUUCAAGGAGACUGAGAAUAAUGCUUUAACAUUCGGACUUAUCAGUAUGAAUUACUUACCUCGUGCGCUCUAAGGGAACAUAUAGACCUAUCUCAUUUAUUACUCAAUAAGAGGUGUUAUUCUUAUAUUGAAAUAUUUUUUUUACAAUCCGUUAAAUGUGGCAAGUUCCAGGUUACCCUUCAACAUGGCCGCGGCGUUGACGUCGCGGGAAAAUGCCUUUUUGCAUUUGUAAAUACAGAUAAAUUAUUAAUCAAGACACGGGUAAUGAUGGUAAUGGGAGUGUUUGUAAACAAAAAAUGUUCCGUGCAAUAGGUUUCAGGUUUUUAAGAAUUAGAACUCGUAUUUAUAAUUAUAAUUUAUAAGUUAUCAAUAGCUGCGUUUUGCUGUAACGCGCAGGCUAGCUAUUUUUAUAUCAAAAUAUUUCAGAGUUCUUGCACAUCAUUUUGCCUCUAAAAUCAGUUUCCCUAUGAAAAUGGAAAAGGAGGAUUUUUAUUCGUGGUAUCGAUGAAAAAAUUGCUUAACCAGUUGGUGAAACUCAUCAAGUGAGGCAUGGGGCUUUUAUCGUCACCCAUGUUCUCAUGCAACAUUUUUAAUCAGUAUAUUCAAGUCUUCGGCCGUGAAAUUGAGUGAUAUUCACAGAAGGUUUUUUUUACUUAAUUUAGCGAUCAAUAUAUGAUUCGCCAAAAACGUUGUUGUAUUCAUUGUUAAGGAACAAUUUAAUGGGUUAUUUGGAAAUGAAAAAAGAAAAACAGAUCGCAGAAAGUUCAAAUAACCGCGAUAACGUUUCCGAGAUUGGAGAUGGAUUCGGCAUGAGCUGCUGUGGAUCUGUUCAGUGAAAGACCCGUUUAAUUGGGGGGGGGAGAGAAAUAGGGAAACUUUGAUAUACAAAUUUAUACAGGUUUCCAAUUCACUUUUAGCGCCAUUUUAUCAUGAAUUCUUAUUUAACCAUUUUUAAUUGGCAGAAUUAAACUAUGAAUUUUCAGCCCUGAGUUUUGAAAUUUUUGAAGAGGGCACAAUUGUUUUCUUACUUUAAAGUCAUGUUAAUAUCUAUUUAUCUUGUGAUGUAAGAAGGGGGAAAAUUAUCUCGUAUUCAGAUCUUGCCAUGUAACUAUAACGACAAUCGCUGGGUCAUGGAAGGUCUGGGUAUGAGACUUGGGAAAAGAGAGCGUUCGUUACUUCUCCAUGUAAGGUUUCACUCAAUCUUUUAUCAACCCAGGGAAAAGCUUCCCUUCUAUCGGAAAUAUCUUGUAGUGGUGUUCUUGUUGAAUGACAUAACUAGCGCAG